AUGACGUCAUCAGAUAGUGGUGGGGCCGAUGACAAGGCGAAAGGACAACCGGCUCUCUGUAGCAUGAUCGUUGACAGGAGCUACUGCCCAUUUCGUUGUUUCGACCGUGGAGUGUGUUACCAGGACUCCGGCUCCGUUUUUUGCAUCUGUUACGAGGCAACUGAAAAUAAAUUUUGUGAAGACACCUCUGCUAAUCACCCAGCUGAAGCUUCAGCCAUUUCGGGUUUUAGCAUUGCUGCAACCAUCUUUUUCUUGUUGCUGCUGGCAUACGCCGUGUGGCGACGUUACAAAGAAUGGAAUCAGUCGCGAGUGAUUAGCCGCCAUGCAAGAGGACAUGCAACUCCUCCGGCUCCGAGGGAGGAGCCGCAGGCUCCGCCUGCUUAUUCUCCUCGCACGGUGGAGCCUUCUGCUCCUCCCUUGGAGACGGCUAUUUAA